AUGAGCUUAUCUUCAUUCAUCCUACUUUGUUUUGUGCUCCUUGCUCUUUCAGCUUCGAUUGCACAGACGCAAUUAUGGGGUACAUCUAUAGGGCGAUGCUGGGGUCGAUUUGAACGAUAUCGUGAAUGUGCAUCAACAUGUCCCGACACGUGCCAAGAUGUCUUUUGGCCAAAUGUGCCGAAACUAUGCCCUAUGAUGUGUAGGAUCGGAUGUGAAUGUAUUCCUCCGUUUGUGCGUUUGAAUCAAAAUGCGAACAGUCCUUGUGUUCAUCCUCGGCAUUGUCGAUUCGUGUAA